GCUGGGAGAGGGAAAGCGCGGAGCUGGUCGGAGGAGCAGCCGGGAACAGAAGCGCUGCAGCCUGUUUUGCCUGCCAAAUUCACCAAUUGGAAACCACCUACCCCAAGCUAUAAAACCUUGUCUUCCACAUGUCCAGUGCUGACCUCUUGAAUCCACCUUAGGAGGAGGAAGCCUGUAUUUCAGCUCAGUUACCUAUGGCUUCCCCUGAAAUUGCUUCCCUCUCUUGGGGACAAAUGAAAGUACAAGGCUCUACCUUAACCUAUAAGGAUUGCAAAGUAUGGCCAGGAGGCAGUCGGGCUUGGGACUGGAGAGAAACAGGCACUGAGCAUUCUCCUGGGGUGCAGCCUGCAGAUGUAAAGGAAGUCGCUGAGAAGGGUGUGAAGACUCUUGUGAUAGGCAGAGGAAUGAGUGAGGCCUUGAAGGUGCCUCCAUCCACUGUGGAGUACCUCCAGAAACAAGGCAUUGAUGUGCGGGUCCUCCAGACAGAGCAGGCAGUGAAGGAGUAUAAUGCCUUGGUUGCCCAAGGGGUAAGAGUAGGAGGCGUCUUCCAUUCCACCUGCUGAUGGAGGCACAGGGAAUAAAGCAACAAGGCCUUGACUGUC